CAACCAUAAAUACAUUUGAAAGGAGGCUGGAUUGUACAUAAAAAUGGCAGUUGUGCGCCCGUUCAGUUGCUUCUGUAAAGUUUUAGAAUAGGCGAAGGUGUACCGCUCUCAGUGACAGCCGAUAGUGGAAGAUGGCGGCGAAGAGAGCUGCUUUUCAGCCGCUGUCCAGCUCUCGCGUCCCGGAGAGGAAGGGAGCGGCUGACCGCACCAAGACUAACCCGGAGUGGUGUGCCUCUUCCACCCACCAGGAGCCAGAGAAAGGAGCGUCAGCUACCGCAGGGAUAGGAGGCUCGGGGAUCCACCAGCAUGUUAUGGGGGCUGUUGGAGGACCAGGUCCGGUGGACGAGUCUUCCGAUAGCGAAGGAGAACAAGAAGGCCCACAGAAACUCAUCAGGAAAGUGUCCACCUCCGGCCAGAUCAGGAGCAAGACAAGUAUAAAGGAGGGAUUACUACUGAAACAGACCAGCUCUUUCCAGCGCUGGAAGAAGCGUUAUUUUAAACUGAGGGGGAGAACACUCUACUACGCCAAGGAUGCCAAGGCGGGCGGCGUGCUGGCCCGUUGGCAGGAGCGGGCAUACCGGGUGUCCCGGAGCCGGGUGUGCUGGAGGGUGCUGUCCGUGUGCUGGACGGGGCCCCGCCGCGCCCCCCCGCCCCUAGGCACCAGCGGCUCGGAGGAAGGUUUGGUGGCAGUUCGGUCUCUCAUUUUUGAUGAAGUGGAUCUGUCAGAUGCCAGUGUCGCCGAAUCGAGCACCAAGAAUGUCAACAACAGCUUCACGGUAAUUACUCCCUUCCGAAGACUUAUCCUCUGCGCCGAGAACAGAAAGGAGAUGGAGGACUGGAUCAGCUCCCUAAAGUCUGUUCAGUCCAGAGAGCAUUACGAGACGGCACAGUUUAAUGUGGAACAUUUCUCAGGGAUGCACAACUGGUAUGCCUGCUCCCACGCCCGCCCCACCUUCUGCAACGUCUGCCGGGACAGCCUCUCCGGCGUCACCUCCCACGGCCUCUCCUGCGAAGUGUGCAAAUUUAAAGCCCACAAAAGGUGUGCCGUCAGGGCCACAAAUAACUGCAAAUGGACAACAUUGGCUUCCAUUGGGAAAGAUAUCAUUGAGGAUGAAGAUGGGAUUGCGAUGCCCCACCAGUGGCUGGAGGGGAACCUGCCUGUCAGUGCCAAGUGUGCGGUGUGUGACAAGACGUGCGGCAGCGUGUUGCGGCUGCAGGACUGGCGCUGCCUGUGGUGUAAAGCCAUGGUGCACACGGCCUGCAUGGACCUGUACCCUCGCAAGUGUCCCCUGGGUCAGUGCAAAGUGUCCAUCAUCCCGCCAACUGCGCUCAACAGCAUCGACUCGGACGGGUUCUGGAAGGCCACUUGUCCCCCGUCCUGUGCUAGCCCUCUUCUGGUCUUUGUCAACUCCAAGAGUGGGGACAACCAGGGAGUGAAAUUCCUUCGUCGCUUCAAACAGCUCCUUAAUCCCGCGCAGGUGUUUGACCUGGUCAACGGUGGUCCACACUUAGGCUUACGCUUGUUUCAGAAGUUUGACAACUUCAGAAUUUUGGUGUGCGGAGGGGACGGAAGUGUCGGCUGGGUCUUGUCUGAAAUCGACAAGCUGAACCUUCACAAACAGUGCCAGCUGGGAGUGCUGCCCCUGGGCACGGGGAAUGACCUGGCGCGGGUGCUGGGCUGGGGGCCGUCCUGUGACGAUGACACGCAGCUGCCCCAGAUCCUGGAGAAGCUCGAGAGGGCAAGCACCAAGAUGCUGGACAGGUGGAGUAUAAUGACGUAUGAGAUUAAAAUACCUCCAAAACAGAGCUGCCCCGCCACGCCAGAGGAGUCUGAGGAGUGCCAGUUUCAGAUCUCUGCGUAUGAGGAUUCAGUCGCUGCUCACCUCACCAAGAUUCUCAACUCAGAUCAGCACUCCGUGGUCAUAUCCUCUGCAAAGGUUCUCUGUGAAACAGUGAAGGACUUUGUGGCCAAAGUGGGGAAAUCCUACGAGAAAAGUACAGAGAACUCAGAUGAGGCUGAGACCAUGUCUCUGAAAUGUGCCAUCCUCAACGAGAAGCUGGACUCCCUCCUCCAGGCCCUCAACACGGAAGCCCAGGCUAUGCCACACCCACCUCACACCACUCCACCUAUCGUGGAGGAGGAGCUGGAGGAGGAGGCGGAGAUCGAGGAAGAGGCAGAGCUGGAGGAGGAGCUGAGCGAGGAGUCGCUGACGGAGCUGAAGGAGAAGCUGGAGGAGAAUGUGACGGAGAAGAGCUCCCCUCAUAAAGUGUUCAGACCCAGGGAACAGCUGAUGCUGAGGGCCAACAGCCUAAAGAAGGCCGUGCGGCAGAUCAUCGAGCAGGCUGAGAAGGUGGUGGAUGAACAGAACGCACACACGGAAGAGCAGCAGGAACUCCAGUCCCCAGCCGAAUUUAAAAAGGAGAACGAGGACGAAAACAAGGACAGCGAGAAGGACGAAGACACCAAGGACUUGGAAUCACCGUCCUCUGCUAAGACCACACCAUGCUCCCCCCCUGAGAGGCAUGUCAGUCGCAGCAGUCAGUCCUGCGGCUCCUUCUCCAUCCCUCACUUCACUACGAGCAAGGAGAACCUGCCUGUGCUCAACACUCGCAUCAUCUGCCCUGGUUUGCGAGCCGGUCUGGCUGCUUCCAUAGCUGGGAGCUCCAUCAUCAGUAAGAUGUUACUGGCCAACAUCGACCCAUUUGGAGCCACACCCUUUAUCGACCCGGACUUGGACUUGCUAGAGGGAUAUUUGGAAAAGUGUGUCAUGAACAACUACUUUGGGAUCGGACUGGAUGCCAAGAUCUCACUGGAGUUCAACAACAAGCGGGAGGAACACCCAGAAAAGUGCAGGAGUCGCACUAAGAACAUGAUGUGGUACGGCGUAUUGGGCACUAAGGAACUGCUGCAGAGAACCUAUAAGAACCUGGAACAGAAGGUCCAGCUAGAGUGUGACGGACAGUACAUCCCCCUCCCCAGCCUGCAGGGAAUCGCAGUGCUGAAUAUUCCCAGUUACGCCGGUGGAACUAACUUCUGGGGCGGAACCAAAGAGGAUGAUAUAUUUUGUGCACCAUCAUUUGAUGAUAAGAUCUUGGAGGUGGUUGCUGUAUUCGGGAGCAUGCAAAUGGCAGUGUCCAGAGUUAUCAAACUCCAGCACCACAGGAUCGCACAGUGUCGCUCAGUGAAGAUCACCAUUCUGGGAGACGAGGGGGUCCCCAUCCAAGUGGAUGGAGAGGCCUGGAUCCAGCCCCCAGGAGUCAUCAAGAUCCAGCACAAGAACCGGGCCCAGAUGCUGACCCGGGACAGGGCCUUUGAGAACACUCUCAAGUCCUGGGAAGACAAGCUGAAGUACGACAAGCCCCCGCUGAGGCCGCACCUGUACCCGCAGCAUUCUGUCGACCUAGCGACCGAGGAGGAGGCCGCACUCAUCCAGAUGUGCGCCCGUGCCGCCGAGGAGCUCAUCACCAGGAUCUGUGAGGCGGCCAAGACCAAUGGCCUCCUGGAGCAGGAGCUGGCCCACGCCGUCAAUGCAGCCUCCCACGCCAUCAACAAAACCCACCCCAAGUUCCCCGAGAGUCUGACCAGGAACACAGCCAUUGAAGUGGCCAGCACUGUUAAGGCCCUACACAACGAGACAGAGUCUCUGCUGGUUGGACGCGUGUCUCUGCAACUGGACCCACCUCAUGAGGAGCUGCUGUCCACAGCCCUGCAGAGUGUGGAGCUGGAGCUCGGGAAACUGGCUGAGAUCCCCUGGCUUUACCACAUCUUGCAGCCCAAUGAUGAAGAGGACCCUGCUCUGGAGUACGGCAAGAGGAACAGCCGUAGCACCAUGUUCCGCAUCGUCCCCAAGUUCAAGAAGGAGAAAGCCCCUAAGAAGUCCAGUCCACAAUCAGUUCAGAGGUGGGGCACUGAGGAGGUGGCCGCCUGGCUGGAGCAGCUCAGCUUGGGGGAGUACAAAGAAACCUUCAUCCGCCACGACAUCCGCGGCUCGGAGCUCCUUCACCUGGAGAGGAGGGACCUGAAGGAUCUGGGGAUAUCGAAGGUGGGACAUAUGAAGAGAAUUCUCCAGGGAACUAAGGAGCUGGCCAAGAACACUCUAGUUGACCUGUGAGUUGGAAGGGCAAUAGAAUUAUGGGACACACCCCAUGGCCGCGGUGGAAGAGUUGAGGAGCUCCGUUGUCUAGGAGAGCUUGGUACUGGGGAAGGGGGACUGUAAAUGGAUGGAUGGAAUGAUAUUUCCAGUUGCUGUGGUGCCUGAAGAAAACUAGGAAUGGGAUUCGUUUAGCGGUACCAGUGCCAAAAAAAAUUGUGUGAGAGAAGUUUGGAUAGAAUCUGAAGGAAGUGGUAGGUCUUAACAAAAAGCCAUUUUACCAUUCUCCAUACAUGGCAUAAUCAGGUAUGCAACUGUUGGCAGUCUCUGCCCUCAAAAGAAAAAACAAAACAAGUAGCAAAACAGGACUUCCAUAAAGUUUGCACUGUGGGUUUGGCAUAUGGCUGAAUAACUGUCACAUUGCCUUGCAAUAGACGGCUAAAAUGGGUAGGGGAGGCGCUGUGUCAAACUUCUUGUGUUCUUUGACCCCGCUGUUUACAUUGUACAGCACAGGCUCAGUGAAUGCAUUGCAAACAAACGGUGAUCCAACUCAAAUGUGCUGGGGACUGGAAAAAAAAAAGAGAAAAAGGUGUCUCCUUAAAAUGGUGAAGUAAUGAUGCAUGGAAUGCCUGCUUGACUUGGAUAUCUAUUUAAUUGCAUGAUUAAUGUCAGAUUUUUUUAAUGUACAUGAAGAACACUUGAACAAGUUUUAUAUGGAUUUAAUAUCAUGCCAUUUGUUACUACUGAACUCUCCUUUUGCUCAUAAGUAGCCUUUUUUCUAUUUUUUUGCAUGGAACUUGGGUGUCAAGGAGCCGUGUUCUGUGGCUGUCACCUGUGCCAUAUUUCAAGGUUAUUUAUCGUACAAUGUGCUUUCUAGAUAGUGUCCUAGUCCUCUUUAUAAACAGACAUAAUAAGAAAAAUUUAGAAUCUGGAGUUCAUAGUCAAAAUAUAUUAUUUCACGUUUGUUAUUAACUGUGUGUAGCUGUGAAAAUCUGCACCAAAGUGAAUGUCCUGAUCACUUCAGAUUUUUGACAAAGCUGUUUCUCCAUUCACUAUUAACUUUCUGAAAAAUAUUUGUGCUCAAAAUCCAACUUGGAGUAGAUAACACUUGAAAGAACAGGAAGUGAAGAGUUGCUGUGCAUAUGAAAUGAAAGAGGACGAAACACAAAAUGUCAGUUUGAAGUUUUAUGCAAGUGAAGCAAGUUUAUGGCAAGAAAAUUGAAGACAGUAUUUAAAUUUUAUUAAUGGGUCUGUUCUUUGGGUAAUUGCCCCUUUUCAAAGAUAUGUUGCUGGGAUAGAUAUAAUACAGUAGCCGGUGCACUUCUUCAACUUAAUACAUUUCAAAAUGUAAUGAUAUUUAAGUAGGAAUAGGACGUAUGCAUUGGUUAAAAUACAACACUUUCUGAGUUGUGUUCAGGGGCUGCUUUUUUGGGAAGCACGCAAUUGAAAGAUAAGAUGUUAAUAAGACACUCUGUUCUAAAUUAUAAUAUGUUGGGUUAUCACAGGGUAUAUUUAUAGAUGUGAUAUAGUAA